AUGGGAGCUGACGAAGUUGAAGGAGUUUCUGCAGAUAACCACAACCGUGACUCCGAUAUAGAACUCAUUGGUGUUCAUACUGAAAGAUUACCUCACAAUGUUUCACUUAACAAAAGAAGAACUUCCAAAUUGAAAGUUUCCAAUUCAAGCUCUGCUAUAGAUCUUAGCCAUGGCAAAUCACAAGAACAAGACGAAGAAAGAGAAAAAGAAGAAGAAGAUUACGUUGAAGUUACUAUGGAUAUUCAAGGUGAAACUGUUGCUUUACACAGUGUUAAAACGGUUACUGGAAGUGGAAACAACGAUGAUGGUGAAGAUGAGAAGCGUGUUUUGCUUGGGAAAGGAAUGGAGAAGAAAAGGUCUUUUGGUGCUUCGAUUGUGCGAAGCGCUUCGAUUCGAAUGAAGCAUGUUUCUCAGGAGUUGAAGAGGUUAGCUUCUUUUUCGAAUUCGAAACAGGUUGGACCUGAGAAGGUUUAUGAUAGGACCAAGUCUGCAGCUUCUCAUGCUCUUAUAGGACUUAAGUUUAUUAAUAAGAAAACUGAUGGUGAUGACGGUGUUGGAUGGUCUGAGGUUGAGAAACAGUUUGAGAUUCUUACGAAUUCGGCGAAUGAUGGUUUGCUUCAUCGUUCGCUCUUUGCGAAAUGCAUAGGGAUGAACAAAGAAUCUGAGGCAUUUGCAGGUGAGUUGUUUGAUGCUAUGUCUAGAAGGAGGAAUAUUCAUGGAGAUUCAAUUAAUAAGGCACAGUUGAAGGAUUUUUGGGACCAGAUUUCUGACCAGAGUUUUGAUUCUAGGCUUAGAACAUUCUUUGACAUGGUUGAUAAGGACGCUGAUGGCAGAAUCACUGAAGAAGAAAUUAAACAGAUUAUUUGCCUUAGUGCCACUACAAACAAACUGUCAAACAUACAGAAGCAGGCAGAGGAAUAUGCUGCUUUGAUCAUGGAAGAACUAGACCCUGAUGGCACAGGAUUUAUCAUGGUAAAUGACUUAGAGAUACUAUUGUUGCAUGGACCAACUCAUUCUACAAGAGGAGAUAGUAAGUACCUGAGCCAAAUGCUAAGCAUUAAGCUUAAGGCUACAUAUGAAUACAAUCCUGUUAGGAAGAGGUAUAGAGAUGCCAUUUACUUUCUGCAGGACAAUUGGCAAAGAACUUGGAUACUGGUACUAUGGAUUGGUGUUAUGUGUGGUCUAUUCGCCUACAAAUUCAUGCAGUACAGAAGGAAAGCUGCCUAUGAGGUUAUGGGUCAUUGUGUGUGCAUGGCUAAAGGUGCAGCUGAGACACUCAAAUUGAACAUGGCAAUUAUCUUGUUACCUGUUUGCCGAAACACCAUCACAUGGCUUAGGAACAAGACCAAACUUGCCAUUGCUGUUCCUUUUGAUGACAACCUCAACUUCCACAAGGUGAUAGCUGUGGCUAUAGCAAUUGGAGUUGGUGUACAUGCUGUUUAUCAUCUUACUUGUGACUUUCCCCGCCUUCUUCAUGCAAAUAGUGAAAAGUACAAGCUGAUGGAACCAUUUUUCGGAAACCAACCAUCAAAUUAUUGGCAUUUUGUGAAAUCAUGGGAAGGGGUCACAGGGAUUUUAAUGGUUGUUUUAAUGACAAUAGCCUUCACACUGGCAAGUCCUUGGUUAAGGAGAGGAAGGGUUAAGCUACCAAAACCCCUCAAUAGUCUAACUGGUUUCAAUGCUUUUUGGUAUUCUCACCAUCUCUUUGUAUUUGUCUAUAUCCUUUUGGUUGUGCAUGGAAUCAAACUUUACUUGACUAAGGAAUGGUACAAGAAAACGACUUGGAUGUAUUUGGCUAUUCCCAUCAUCAUUUAUGCAUUGGAAAGACUGACUCGAGCACUCAGAUCAAGCAUCAAGCCUGUGAGAAUAUUAAAGGUGGCUGUUUAUCCUGGAAAUGUGUUGGCUCUUCAUAUGUCAAAGCCUCAGGGGUUUAGAUACAAGAGUGGACAAUACAUGUUUAUAAACUGUGCUGCUGUCUCUCCAUUUGAAUGGCAUCCAUUUUCCAUAACCUCUGCCCCAGGAGAUGAUUACCUUAGUGUUCACAUCAGAACAUUAGGCGACUGGACCCGGAGUCUCAGAGUCAAAUUCUCAGAGAGCUGCCUUCCACCAACCCAUGGGAAGAGUGGACUUCUAAGAGCUGAAAGUCCAAGUACUCUCCCUAAAGUAUUGAUCGAUGGUCCUUAUGGAGCGCCUGCACAAGACUACAAACAAUAUGAAGUGGUUUUACUUGUAGGCCUAGGAAUUGGGGCUACCCCAAUGAUAAGUAUAUUGAAGGACAUAGUGAAUAAUUUUAAGGCCAUGGAAGAGGAUGAAGGAAACAGUAUAGAAGAGGGAACAAGUGGUAAAUCACCAAGACCAUCUCAACAUAAGAAAACUGGUUUGAGUAACUUUAAAACUAAGAGAGCUUACUUUUACUGGGUGACUAGAGAACAGGGUUCAUUUGAUUGGUUUAAAGGAGUAAUGAAUGAAGUUGCCGAGGACGAUCAUAAGGGAGUAAUUGAACUUCACAAUUAUUGCACUAGUGUCUAUGAAGAAGGUGAUGCUCGCUCUGCUCUUAUUGCUAUGCUUCAAUCACUUAACCAUGCUAAAAACGGCGUGGAUAUCGUCUCUGGAACGCGCGUCAAGUCUCACUUUGCUAAACCUAAUUGGCGCAGCGUCUACAAGCGCAUUGCACUUAAUCAUCCACAAUCGCGAGUCGGGGUGUUUUAUUGUGGGCCACCGGCAAUUACUAAAGAGCUUCGUCAAUUAGCUUCAGAUUUUUCUCACAACACGACCACCAAAUAUGAUUUCCACAAGGAAAAUUUUUAG